AUGUCUGCUCAGACACGGCCACCCGACAGCCUAUUGGCCAACCUAUCUAUCCCGAUGAACGACGACGACAGCAACGACGCGCCAAUAGUCGCUUACCUCACGCCCCUCUCUGACGACAACGUCUCCCACCUCCUCCCAGCCCUCAUCCCCCUCCUUUCCAAUUGGCGCCGUGACGCCCUGCACUCCCACCUCCUCCGCCGCCUCGCCCACGCCUCCCCAACCUCAGCACUCACCACAGCCCUCGCCACCAUCCUCUCCGCCCCCGACGCCCCCAACGCCUCCUCCACCAAUCCGCGCACCCACGCCAUCGCCCUCAACCAUCUCGUCCAAUCCCUCCCCCUCCGCGCCCUACCCCCCUACAUCCCCGCCCUAACGCACCUCUCCAACCCACCCCCAUCCAGUACCUCCGACGACGACGACGCCGCCCGGAUCGCCGCCGCCUGGACCGCCUCCACGGCAACCGCCGUCCUGCGCCUCGCCGCGGGCGACGUCUGGACGCCGGAAAACAAGUUCGACCACCUGGCCAUCCGCUCGCUGCACGCGGGCGCGCGCUCGCCGGCGCUGAUGGCGCCGUUCGUGCCGGACCUGCUCCGCUGGCUGCAGGACUACCACUGGCCCGUGUACGCGGCCUGCGCGGCGCAGCUGGCGCGCUUUCCCGAGGUCGCGGCAGAGGGGGUGCGGCACGUGCUGCGCGUGCAGGCCAACGGCGACGACGAGUGGAGGCGGAAUGUGGUUAACUUUGUGGCGGAGGACUUGCCGGGGGAGGUGAGGGAGGGGUGUAGGGGCGCGGUGGUGGAGGUUUUGGAGGAGGUGGAGGGGAGGGUGAGGGAGAUGGGGGAGGGGGAGGAGGCGGAGGAGGCGGAUGAGUUUGAGUUGAGAGAGGCGUGUAGGGAGUGUUUGGAGGUGAUGGAUUGGUGGAUGGGGAGGGAGAGGGUGCUGGGGAGGGUGGGGUGGUGGUUGCCGAAGGAGGAGUUGGUGGAUGAGGAUGAGGACGAGCUGUGGUGA